AAGCGUGUGAAAGUGUCGGGAAGCAAUUGUAAAGAGGUACGAUCUGUUACAGUGCGUGGAAACACCACAUGUAAUAUCUGCUACAAGACAUUUGCGUGCAACUCCGCGCUGGAGAUCCAUUACCGGAGCCAUACGAAGGAACGACCUUUCAAAUGCACCAUAUGCGACAGAGGAUUUUCGACCAAGAACGAUGGUUCCGGGCAGCAAGCAUGCGUCUGUGCGUCUCAACCGUUGCCCGCUAACAGUUCGAUCACUUCACCCGAUCCUCAAUUCGGAUCACCGUGCGCCAGUAGUCGAGAAAAAGCGAAACGCAGGCGGCGGCGGCGACCUGAGGAUCGGAAGAACCGGGGGCGGAAAGGAGCCGGAGGGGGGCGGGGGCUUACGCCUGUCUAUCCUGCCAUCCGCCUACCCCCGCUGAUGUCGCCCGCCCUCGGACUUCUACCCUCGGCGCACAGCCUCCUGGGGAACAUGAAGCAGCACAUGCUGACCCACAAGAUCCGGGAUAUGCCGCCCCAUCUGUUCAGCGACUCGAAGCAACAGCAACAGCAGCAGCAACACCAACAACAGUCUCAGGAGCACGAGACCUCGAGAAGUCCUAUGUGCGCCGAGGACUCGAGCUUACCGCCGCCUCCGCCGCCUCCGCCACCUCCUCCCCCGAUGCCUCCUACCUCGAUAGAGCAGAGCAUCGCCGUGAAGAGAUCUCCGCCCGAGGGAGAGCUGCCAGCGCCAAAGAGACCAGCCAGUAAGUAAGCUUGGGAACUGAUUCUGAA